AUGUCAGCUCCUUCCUUCUCUAUCAAGAGCUUGUUACACUCGCUGAACGAGGUAGAAAACGAUUUCCUCGAGGAAGCAGAGGGGAACUCGGCGGCAUUGGUCAACAAACUAAGGGUGCUGCAUCAAGAAACAUCCGAGCACAUUGCGAGCAUCGCUCGUGAUCCAGAUUCGAUACGUCAGGUGCACAACGCUGCUGGUAGGAUUCAGCUGCUUGCCGACACGUUCGUAUACCUCGACAAACAGUUCGUAUCACUGCGAGCUGAGAUGAUUCGAGAUGCAAGCAAAUGUCUCCAGGCAACCGAGAAGGUACAAUCUGAUCCUCAAGACAUCUCGGAAAAUCUCCCCUCGUACUACAUGCGGAAGCACUUCUUGGAGACACUCUACAGCCCCUAUCCGACUCAAGAAGAGAAGGAAGCCCUUGUCAGGAUCACGAACGAGUCAUCAGCGAAGGACGACCCAUGUUCCACUUCACGCCCUCCACUCGGAGUGCAUCAACUCACGCUCUGGUUCAUCAAUGCACGCCGACGUUCUGGAUGGUCUCACAUUCUCAAAAAGUUCGCACGCGAAGAUCGCUCAAGAAUGAAGCGUCUAGUACGGGCCAAAUUGAACACCUCGGACUUAUCCACUUCUCCCUCGCCCACAUUCGGACACCUUCCGCUCACUUUGGACGACAUCCUCCGAGACAACCUCGGAAGACCUCUUACAUCCGCAGACAAGAAAGUAUUCGAGGACGACUGGGCAAGCAUGAUCAGCUGGAUCAAGUACGGCGUUAAGGGAAAGGUCGGUGACUGGGUCUACGAUCUCGUCGCUGCGAACAAGAAGGCACCUAAACAUGGCAAGGCCCGCACCGUCAACACAGCUGCGAGCCGCUCACCAGCUCGCAAGACGGCCACCGCCACACAGUCCAAGCCAAGAAAAGCCAAACAACGAGCAAGCAAGACGCCUUCUAUAGAGAGCAACACCGAGAGUGAACGAUUCGAAUCUACUCCAGAGCUUAGCAUGUGCUCAACAUCCGACACCAGCUCCAGCACACUUGAUAGCAAUCUUUCGAUGGCGCGCUACAGUCCCUUUGAUCUUGGAGACGAUCUGCUCAAGAGUCCGAGUUUGAACGCGCUCAACAGCAGGAGAGUCAAAGCGCUUCCCAAGCGCGGUCAGAAGCAGCUGCUCGACGCGAUGCACACUGGUUGUGACAGCUUCGGCUGCAGCUGUCUUGCGUCGGAGUUUCGCUCUCCUUUUCGCACGGCAAAAUUUUCCUUUCGGCACACGGAACUCCACCUCUUGCACAAUUUGAGAUUUUUGUCCUAUUCGCUCGACCUUCUCCGCUUCCUCACCAUCCUUCCGUCAACCAUUCCGCACCACCCACAACGCUUUCGUGCACCACAGACCAUGUCGUCACUACGUCAAUCACCACUACCGACUCUCUCGGCUCUCGCAUCAUCCUUCACCGACCUAAAUACACUCCUCCAACCUCUCCUCUCGAUCCCCUACUCCGAACUCAACUCAGCACUUCAAUCCAACAGCUCGGUCAAAUCCAACACCGAAGAUGAACUGCAAGGUCGACUCGACGCAGCUCGUAUGCAGGUCUCGGUAGCAUACGUACUGAUGGACCUGGUAUGGAUCCUUCUCAAGACGAAAGGUGUGGAUACGCGCGACCAUCCGGUGAUGCAGGAGCUGGAAAGGGUCAAGAGCUAUUUUGCAAAGAUCAAGGGUGUUCAGGAGAAGGGCAAGAUUGAGGAGGAGAAGGGUGCGAAGGUGGACAAGAGCGCUGCGGGGAGAUUUAUCAGGGCUGCGCUGGCAGGCGAGGGUGGAGCAGUUGCGGGGAAGCAUACCAAGUUCGACGAAGAGACACCAGUAGAAAGGAACGGGAAGGUGGAGAAGACAGAGACAUCGAAGAAGGAGGUGGCAAAACCAGCAGCGUCAACACCAGCAUCGGGGAAGAAGAAGCGCCCUGCAAUGGACCCUUUCGAGGGCUACGACAAGCCAAAGACGCCCAAGACGGAGUCUGCACCAACGACAAAGUCAACAGACAGCCCGGCGAGCUCGCCAUCGAAAAAGCAAAAGAAGAGCAAAAAGUCCUCCGCAAAGUGA